CAAGAUGGAGGAUAUGACGGAACGAUCCUCGACGAAGAUCCUCAAUCACUCCUCUCAGCGGGAAUUAUCUUCGUUGGACUAAAAUAUUCCAUUCGUGUCCUUACAACCACUUGGGGAUAGGUCCGAUCAACAGUUAUCUUCCAGGAAGUAACAGUUAUCCUCUGUGUAUGUGUGCUCGUCUGAUCUCCCUAAUACACCACCCCUGGAGGCAAAAAUCCCGGCAAUGUGAUAACCGGUUCCGGUAAAAUCCGGGGACUAGUGAAGUGUUGUGAUUUUUGAACCAGUUUCGACAAGCAACAGUGCAUUGAAGGGAAAGGAUUGAUUCGGUUAGGAGACAACCUCCGGUUUGACUUAUCAAGAAAGAUUAAUGAAUUCUUGAUGAUUUUAUUUAUCUGUUCAGAGCAUCUCUGCUGAAUGUGAGGAUACGCCGUAAUGGUUGUUAUGCUUUUCUUGUUGCCAAGAAUAAGAAAAUGAAAAACAUGAAUCUUAGCUGAGACAUCCUUUUAACUUUACAGUAUCCAAGAUGGAUACAAUAGAGGGACGCCCUGCCCGUUAUGGGCUUGGGGUCAAGGAGCUUCGAGAGCUGAUGGAUUAUCGUGGUAGAGAUGCCAUUCAAAAAAUAAGAGAUGAAUACUCUUCUGUACAAGAGAUCUGCAAGAAACUCUACACAUCACCUACUGAUGGUUUGAGUGGUUCUGCAGCAGAUAUUGAACAUCGGCAGACAACAUUCGGUGCAAAUAUCAUUCCUCCUAGACCACCGAAAACUUUUUUAGAAUUAGUUUGGGAAGCCUUACAAGAUGUCACCCUCAUAAUAUUAGAAAUCGCAGCUGUAGUGUCUUUAGGUCUUGCAUUUUAUAAACCACCUGACGAUUUGGAAUUGGGUGGUUCUCAUGAUGAAGGGGAAUCUGAAGCUGGUUGGAUAGAAGGUGCAGCCAUUUUAGUAUCUGUUAUAAUUGUUGUUCUAGUUACAGCAUUUAAUGAUUACAGCAAGGAGAGACAAUUUCGUGGAUUGCAAAAUCGGAUUGAAAUUGAACACAAAUUCUCAGUUAUCCGUGGUGGUGAGCUCAAUCAAAUACCUGUUAGUGAUAUUGUAGUGGGAGACAUCUGUCAGGUGAAAUAUGGUGAUCUUUUGCCUGCUGAUGGUGUAAUUAUACAAAGUAACGACUUAAAAGUGGAUGAAAGCUCACUAACUGGAGAAUCAGAUCAUGUAAAAAAAGGUGAAAAUCUGGAUCCUAUUUUAUUAUCAGGGACUCAUGUUAUGGAAGGAAGUGGGAAAAUGUUGGUGAUAGCUGUAGGUGUCAACUCUCAAGCUGGAAUCAUUUUCACUUUACUUGGAGCUGCUAAGAGUGACGACGACGAGCAGAAAAAGAUACAGAAAAAAGAAGCCAAAAAAGCUCGCAAAAAGAAGAAAGACAAUUCAGCAUGGCAUAAUGAUGCUAAGAACACUACGGAAUGUUCACCCUUGACCGUCCCUGUGUCCAUUUCAGAUGAGGAAGCAAUGGUUUCUACUAAUUCCCAUUUAAUGAAUGAUUCUUCAGAGAAAGCUAAUAAUAGAGAUACGCCUGGUGCUGAGAUUGUUCCUGCUAAGCCGGAACCGUCAAGUGCUAGUCCUCGGAAGGAACAGUCAGUUUUGCAAACAAAACUGACAAAACUAGCAAUACAGAUUGGUUACGCUGGUUCAACAAUAGCUGUCUUAACCGUUCUUAUUCUUAUUAUUCGUUUUGCUAUAAAAUUUUUUGUCAUACAAUCUCGUCCUUGGAGUCCAUUUUAUGUUAAUUAUAUUGUUAAAUUUAUCAUCAUUGGUGUCACUGUACUAGUUGUUGCUGUCCCUGAAGGUCUUCCAUUAGCUGUCACUCUUGCUCUUGCAUAUUCUGUAAAGAAAAUGAUGAAAGACAACAAUUUAGUUAGGCAUUUAGAUGCUUGUGAAACUAUGGGUAAUGCCACUGCCAUAUGUUCCGAUAAAACUGGGACUCUUACCACGAAUCGUAUGACUGUAGUUCAAAGCUAUAUCUGUGGAACUCAUUAUAAAUCAUCUCUGCCAAGGUAUCAAAAUUUACCCUCAUCUAUUUCUGAUUUACUAGUGACAGGAAUUGCAAUUAAUAGUGCUUACACCUCAAAAGUUAUUCCUCCUGACAAUCCUGGUGAACUUCCAAAGCAAGUGGGGAACAAAACUGAAUGUGCACUUCUGCAAUUUGUGCAGGACAUGGGGAAGGAUUAUCAGACAGUCAGAGAUGAUAUUCCCGAGGAAAAAUUGCACAAAGUUUAUACUUUUAAUUCUGUAAGAAAAUCAAUGAGUACUGUGGUUCAGAUUGAAGGAGGAUUUAGAGUUUUUAACAAAGGAGCAUCUGAAAUGGUUUUGCAGAAAUGUGUACAUAUAUUUGGUAAAGAUGGACGGAUAGAUAGGUUUAGUAAAGAAGAGAGAGAUAGAUUAAUAAAGACUGUCAUUGAGCCUAUGGCUAGUGAUGGACUAAGAACCAUAGCCAUUGCUUAUAAAGACUAUUUAUUUUCUCCUAAUGCUAAUAAUCAAAUUCAAAUUAUGUCAGAGCCUGAUUGGGAGGAGGAAAAUAUGAUAGUAUCCGAGCUAACAUGCUUGUGUAUUGUUGGUAUUGAGGAUCCUGUAAGACCAGAAGUACCAGAUGCUAUUAAAAAAUGUCAAAAGUCUGGUAUAACUGUGCGUAUGGUAACAGGAGACAAUAUAAAUACAGCUCGUUCCAUUGCUUUGAAGUGUGGUAUCAUCAGACCUGGAGAUGAUUUUUUAGUAUUAGAUGGUAAAGAAUUCAAUAAGAGGAUAAGAGAUAGUGAUGGUGAAUUUCAGCAAAAUUUAUUUGAUAAAGUUUGGCCUAGACUGAGAGUUCUAGCAAGAUCCUCCCCUCAAGAUAAAUAUACUUUAGUGAAAGGCAUUAUUGAUAGUAAAUUAAAUCCAAACAGGGAAGUAGUGGCUGUGACUGGAGAUGGGACAAAUGAUGGUCCAGCACUUAAGAAAGCAGAUGUGGGUUUUGCAAUGGGUAUUGCUGGGACUGAUGUGGCCAAAGAGGCAUCUGAUAUUAUUCUAACAGAUGAUAAUUUUACAAGCAUAGUUAAAGCAGUUAUGUGGGGGCGAAAUGUUUAUGAUAGUAUUGCAAAAUUUCUCCAGUUUCAACUUACUGUAAAUGUUGUUGCCGUUAUUGUUGCUUUUGUAGGAGCCUGUGCAAUCGAGGAUAGUCCAUUGAAAGCUGUACAGAUGUUAUGGGUUAACCUCAUAAUGGACACCCUUGCUUCCCUUGCUCUUGCAACUGAAAUGCCUACACCAGAUCUCCUUUUAAGAAAGCCUUAUGGACGAUCAAAACCUUUAAUAUCAAGAACAAUGAUGAAAAAUAUAUUAGGUCAUGCUGUUUAUCAAUUGGCUGUUAUAUUUACUCUUUUAUUUGCUGGUGAUAAAAUAUUUGAUAUCGAUUCUGGCAUGGGUGAAACCCUUCGAACAAAGCCAUCUGAACAUUUUACUAUUAUAUUUAAUACCUUUGUUAUGAUGACUCUUUUCAAUGAGAUUAAUGCCAGAAAAAUCCAUGGUGAACGAAAUAUUUUUGAAGGUUUAUUUACAAACCCAAUUUUCUACAGCAUUUUAAUUAUUACUACAGUAGCACAGGUCAUCAUCAUCCAGUUUGGUAGCUAUGCCUUCUCUACUGCUGCUCUUACCAUUGACCAAUGGCUUUGGUGUAUAUUUUUGGGAUGUGGAACAUUAGUGUGGGGACAGCUUAUUACUACCAUUCCUACGAAACGAAUACCGAAGACAUUCACCUGGGGCUCUGGACCUCCAGAAGAAAUGGCAGGUAAUGUUUCUCUGGUUGAAGAUGGCAGCAGUGGCUCUCUAUCUCAAGAUGUGAAAAGAACAGGUCAGAUACUAUGGAUAAGAGGUUUGACAAGGCUUCAAACACAGCUCAGAGUAGUGAGGGCCUUUAAGAGCACGCUGGAAGACAUGGAAGAAAGACGUAGUGUUCAUAGUUUACAUAGCUUACACAGUUUACGUAGUUCCCGUAGUCACCCUAAGCAGCUCUCCGAAAUUAGUUACAUAGAUGAAGACGUGAAAACCCCAUCUCCCAAUGACUAUCCCUAUGACAUAAAUGGUUCGCAAAAAAACGCAAUAUAUAAUAACUCAGUGCAGAACAUGAACCACAACAAUACCCAGUUUGUAGCUCCUCCUGCUAGCAAUUCUCCCGAAAGUGAGACUGCACCACUGAUGAUUAGAUCACCUACUCGUCAAAAUCGGGCUCAGGGCACGUCUAGUAACUCCCCCACCACAGUGACUAGUAUUACACCGGUCAAUUCAUCGUCACCAUCUUCCAGCACUUCCCCAACUGCCACCAUCAACAACCGAGCAACGAGUCCCGUCUCACAUGGAUAUCAAUUGCUUAUCGAGGCCUCCAAAAUCCACGAGACCAGCAUCUGAUAAAGAUUCCACUAAUUAGAUUUUAUUAAAAGCGUAAAUAAUAUUUAGACUUUUCCAUUUCAAGAACUUUUCUUUGGUGGAAAAGCUUGUGUGACCGGCCUUUCCAAAAUGGAGCUCCAUGGGGGGGAGUUAAAGGCCUCCCAGGCACACAACAAAGCUCCAAACUGAUUGAGGUGUGUCAAAAUAUGCAAUGAAGAACAUUUAAAGACAUUUUUUUUUGUGUUGGUUUCAUUUAUUUUAUUUUGAUCAUUCAUCAAAUCCAGUUAGCCUUUUACGCAUUCUUAUCUGUUGCUCAGAUAAGGAGGUAAUUUUACAGUACAUGAAAUCAAUACCAUAGUUUGUUUUAAAUUUUUAGGUCCUGAAACUUUAUUAGAUAUUCUUUAGAAAUAUUUUGUGAUUGUUUGAGACAUACUGCCAGCAUUUACUGACAAAUGAACAAAUGUUAGCAUUUAUCCUUUUUUUUUUUUGGUCAUAUUAUUUCAACGAAUCUCCUUUUUCAGCAGUUUAGUGUUUCAUUUUUAUGUUUAAAAAAAACUACCAGUUAAGAUGGAAGUACGAGUACAUGAAGAAGUACCCCUUAAAUUUUUUAACUACUUUUUUCUCAUUCAUGUACUUGUAGGUAAGACAUUUUAAUCUAAAUCAUUAUGUCAGUGAAAUUAAAUAAAUGUAUUUAAUUAAAUAUGAUUAAAAAAAAUUCUUAUACACAUGCCAAAUUUGUUCUCUUUAAAAUCUUUAUGUAUUUUCUUUGCUUUUUCAAAUUAGAAAAUACUGUAUUAAGCAUUUAAGUUGGCAAUCUAGGAAUAAUUUAUUUAAAAAGAAAACUCUUCCAGAUUGAAAUGGUACCCAUAAAAUAAAUUUUUGCAUAACUUUAUUAGGAUAGGUCCCAAGUUUCAGAAUUGUGAAUGGACAAAAAUUUACAGUUACUAAUUUUUACUAUUAAAUCAUUUUUCAAAAUAUCAAAUUAAUAAUUAACGCUUAUUAAUUAUUGAUCAAUUUCUACAAAGAACUAGUUUAAUCAAUAUCAUGUCCUUCUUUUCUUAAUGAAACCACUGUUUCAUACUUGAUAUGGAAAGUGUUUUUUUAAUGCAAUUAUAACCAUGCAAAUCAAUUUUAAUAUGCGCAGGUGUAUGAUUAGGCUCUUAAAAUACUAUGAUAUAUAUUUUAUAAUACCAAAAUAAAGAUCUUCUUGGAACUUUAAACAUUCAAUUUAGCACUAAUAAUCAUAUUAAACAGUAAAAAAAAAAUUUUUUUUUCUUGAUACUUGAAUAAAUGUUAUCAAAUGAUCUUUAACUGUGUUUAUAAUCUUGGCACUUACACAUUUGCUCUUUAGAAGUGCCUUUCCUACCAAAUAGGUUUUUGCUAAUUUAAGAUUUUAAUUCUAAAUAUGUUUUGUGCAUAAUAUAGAAUUAUCUUUAUAUGCCAAAUUAUAAAAAACUAAAAAUAUCAAAAGCUUUUAAUUGAAAGUAUCGCGGCUUGAAUCGCUAUGCAAAUAAUGUCUAAAUAGUAAAUAUUUGUUUUUUAAAUACUCUGAUGACUAUAUUAGCAUUUGAACAUAAGAAAAAAAUGCCUUUGAAUUGUAAUUUGAUACCCAUUAUCUAAAUGUGCUUAUUUUAUUAUACACAGGAAUUUCUGGAAUUUCUAUGGCAAAAUAAAAUUAUUAAAUGCAUUUAAAUUGCAAUGUAUUGUGAAAAGUUAAUACUCAACUUAAAAAAUUUUAUUUUGAAUCUCAUAAGCAAGAUCAUAAAUUUGAAACACUUUAAAAAAAAUAAGUUGUUUUUUGUCCUAAUAAGCUUGCUAAGUAAAGUACUUGUGAUUGUAUGUAAAAAGAAAGAAGAUUUAUUGCAUUUAUCUGAAAAGUAACUCAUAAUCCUACUUAAUCUUCAUCUAUUUAUUGUUGAACAUUUUUGAGGUUUUUAAAGCUGAUUUUUUUUUUUAAUAUUUUGCAUAUGGGUGGACAUUGGAAAAAAAAUUUUUUUUUAAUUUUAAAAUCAAUAAGAAUUCAAAUCAAUAAGUAUUUAUAUUUUGUGUAAAUUCAGUUGUAUGACACCACUGUAGAUGAAGUCCCUAAUAAUAGUUAAGGUAAAUGAAAACGAAAACUAUUGAUACAAAUUUUUCCCAGAUGCUUUAUACUUAGCUGUAAAUUCUUGAUAGUUUGAAUAUUUAGGAAAGUAAAAGUGAAAAGUAUUAAUUCAAAAAUUUUCCCAGAUGCAUUAUACUUAGCUGUAAAUUCAUGAUCACUUAAAUGUUUAGAAAAGUUAACACAAAAACUAUCAAUUCAAAUGUUUCCCAGCUGCAUUAUACUUAGCUGCAAAUUCUUGAUCAUUUAAAUGUUUAGAAAAGUGUGGUAGUAGAAAUCGAUGCACACAUUUUAACCAAUGUUGAUUGCGGGUUCAAAAUCGAAUAAAAGCCCCUUUUUUAUGUGACAGAAAAUGUUAACUAUCAACAGAAUUACAUGUGUAAAUAUGUAUGCAUGUCAGAGUAUCAUAUCUAUCAAUCAUGAGCUUUCCUCUUAUUUUAAAAAAAAAUGAAGAAAAAAAAGUGUAUAUAACUUAUACCAGUGUAGCUGAAAUUUUCUGAAGAUCUGAAAAACUUUUGUGAUAUGCAAUUUCUCUGUUAUUGGAAAGUAUUUUUGUACUGUUAAAUUUAUAAAAUCAUUUAAGACAUUAAAAAAAAAUUUAUUGCACCCUUGACAUAAAUUUUGGCGAUGCAGUAUUUAUUGACAGUUAGCUUUGUAUGUUGAUGUGUAAAAAAAAAAGUGAACAAAGUAUAAAAUUAUGCAGUAUUUCUCUCAUGUAUUUGGUAAAAAAAAGUUUUUUUUAAUUUAUAUUUUAUUGCUAAAGUUUUGUUUUUAAAUUUAUAUCACAAGACCAGCUUUAGCGCAAUAUUGAUUUUCUAAAUUAAUUUUGGCGCAAUAUUAAUUUUGAUUAAAUGUUACUUAUUUGUUAAAUCUUUUUUUUUUAAAGAAAAAUAAAUUAUAUGCAUUUAUAUUUGUCAUCGAAAAAAUGGUUUUGUAUGGGAGUAUUCAGUCAUAACAAAGAUUUGUCUUGUGUACUAUAAAAAUUAAUAACGGCUAAUGCAUUUUUUACUUACUGUAUAUUGUGAUAUGAUUCUCUGAUUGAAUAAAUAAAUCUGUUAUUUGCUGA